AUGGUAGAGGAGGACUCGCCGGCGGAAAGUAAUGGUCUCCUGCCUAAUGGCACGCAGUCCAAGGACAAGUACAACUACAUCCUCAGCAUGUCGAACACCAGCCGUGAGGACGUGCCACUGCGCAGCGAAGAGACGCCUCCAGCCAGCUUCACCACCACCCAGAAACAGCUGCUGGCCGGCCUGGCGCUGGCCAACAUCCUGAACGGCUCGCUGGUCGCCGUCAUGAUCCCGUUCUUCCCCGUGGAGGCGGCCUCGCGCGGCGUGCCACAGACGACCAUCAGUGCGCUCUUCAGCUGUUUCGCCAUCGGCCAGAUGGUGCUGAGCCCGGUGAUCGGCCGGCUGGCGCCCGUGCUCGGCGUGACGCGCCUCUACAACAUCGGCAUCAGCGUGGCCGGUCUGUCGACGCUGGUGUUCGGCUCGCUGUACCACAUCACCGACACGGACCUGUUUGUGGCCGCCUGCUUCCUGACGCGGCUGGUUGAGUCGGCCGGCAUGGCGGCCGUCACCACCUGUGGCUACACGAUCGCCGGCAGCCAGUUCCCCGGGCGCGUCAACACCGCCGUGGCCUGGCUGGGCUCCUCGCUGACCGCCGGCCUGGCCCUGACGCCCGUCUUCUGGGGCGGCCUGUACGCCGUCGGCGGAUUCGGCACGCCCUUCUACACCCUCGGCGUCGUCAUGCUGGUCGUGGCCGCCUUCAACUCGUGGCUGAUGCCGGCCGUGGAGGAGGAGUCGAACCGGCGACAGCCGCGCUUCCUCGGCACCCUGCUCGUCUUCCUCAGCUCCACCGACAACCUUAUCUGCAUGGCCACCGUCUUCAUGUUCUCCACCGACUUCAGCACCGUGGACGCCAGCAUCGCGCCCUACGCCGAUGCCGUGCUCGGCAUCACGCCGGCCAUGAUCGGGCUCUACCUCUUCGUCAGCACAAGUCUCUACGUCGUGGCCAACUUCUUCUGGGGCUGGCUGGCGGAACGAUCGCGUCUGCCAUUCGCGCUGAUCGCUCCGUGCCUGCUGUUCUCCAGUCUGGGUCUGCUCCUGCUGGCGCCGUCGCCGCUGCUCGGUCUGGAGCCCUCCAAGUGGCUGCUCGGACUCGGCCUCUCCGUGGAGGAGGUGUUCUUCGGCGGCGCGUUCACGCCCUGCUACAAGGUGAUGCUGGACGCUAGCAUCGCGCGCGGGCUGGACGACAGUCUCACCACGCAGGCGUUCGUCUCGAGCAUGCUGCAGACCAUGUACACGAUGGGGGUGGCCGUGGGACCCGUGUCGGGCGGCGCGCUUAUCGACGCCUACGGCUUCCCCGUGAUGACCACGGUGCUGGCCUUCAUCACCAUGGUGGUCGGCCUGCUGGUCACCGUCAAAGCGUUCGUCCGGCACGGCUGCUGCCGGGACGCCGCCCUGGCCGCCAGCAAUAACUGCGCGCCGUGGAAGAGAAGGUGGAAUUAUGAGUCGAUCGGAGUUAAGUCUUAA